GCAUGGGAACGGAUAAUGACUGACUUCUUGGCUCGAUGUUUUCUCAACUUAAAUAACUUAAUGCUGCUUGGAGCCACAGCCAUAGAGGACCGUCUGCAGGCCGGCGUCCCAGACACAAUCGCCACGUUGAUGAGGGCCGGCAUCAAGAUCUGGGUACUUACUGGAGACAAACAAGAGACCGCCAUUAAUAUAGGUUACUCCUGUCGCCUGGUGACACACGGCAUGUCCCUCAUCAUUGUCAACGAGGACUCUCUCGAUGCCACUCGUGCCACCCUCACCGCUCACUGUUCCUCCCUGGGUGACUCUCUGGGAAAAGAAAAUGAGCUUGCCCUGAUCAUGGAUGGCCAAACUCUUAAAUAUGCCCUGUCAUUCGAGCUCCGCCAGGCCUUUCUCGACUUGGCUCUGUCCUGCAAAGCUGUAAUCUGUUGCCGAGUAUCUCCCCUGCAGAAGUCAGAGAUUGUGGACAUGGUGAAAAAGCACGUAAAAGCCAUCACUCUGGCAAUAGGCGACGGUGCAAACGAUGUGGGCAUGAUCCAGACGGCUCACGUUGGAGUGGGAAUCAGCGGCAACGAGGGCAUGCAGGCCACCAACUCCUCUGACUACUCCAUCGCACAGUUCUGCUAUCUGGAGAAGCUCCUGUUGGUCCACGGGGCAUGGAGCUACAAUCGCGUCACAAAAUGCAUCCUCUACUGUUUCUAUAAGAAUGUGGUGCUCUACAUUAUAGAGCUCUGGUUUGCCUUUGUGAACGGCUUCUCGGGUCAGAUCCUGUUUGAGCGCUGGUGUAUAGGCCUCUACAACGUGAUAUUCACCGCGCUGCCCCCGUUUACUCUGGGGAUCUUUGAUCGGCCAUGCAGUCAGCAGAACAUGCUCCGCUUCCCGCAGCUCUACAGAAUAACCCAGAAUGCUGAGGGCUUUAACACCAAGGUGUUUUGGGGACACUGUAUCAAUGCACUCAUUCAUUCAAUCAUCCUCUUCUGGUUCCCAUUAAAAAUGUUAGAGCACGAUUCUCCAUUCAGUAACGGUCAGGGAAACGACUACCUGUUUGCAGGAAACAUGGUCUACACGUAUGUGGUCGUUACAGUUUGUCUAAAAGCUGGAAUGGAGACCACCGCUUGGACCAGGUUUUCCCACCUAGCAGUUUGGGGAAGCAUGGCGCUCUGGAUGGUCUUCUUCGUCGUGUACUCUGUGUUCUGGCCCACCAUCCCAAUUGCCCCAGACAUGCUGGGCCAGGCUGGUAAAGUGAUGCAGUGCUGGUACUUCUGGCUGGGCCUGGUCCUAGUACCCACCGCCUGUUUACUGAAAGAUUUCGCUUGGGCAGCCACACGACGCACUUUAAGGAAGUCCCUGCUGGAGGAGGUGCAGGAACUUGAGGCGCGGGCUGUUGACCCGGGAGCUGCGGUGCUCAGGGACUCCAGCGGCCGCAGUCUAAACGAACGAGCCCAUCUGCUGACAAGAGUAUUUAGGAAAACCCCUUCAAGUGUUGGAAGAUCCAACUCGGUGCAGCAGACCGUGUCACAUGGUUAUGCCUUCUCUCAGGAGGAGCAUGGCGUGGUUUCCCAGUCCCAGGUUGUCCGCUCCUACGACACCACCCGCCAGCGCCCCAGCCUCUAGCCACCUCCACCCAACCGAUCGACGCUUUGGCUCUACGUAGCAAUCGUUGUCAUGAGGACAGCGAAAUCAACUGGAGAGCCACCCUCUAACACUUUAGUGACAGGCCUCUGCAGUGGCCUUACCAGAACAAUGACGUGACCUUCUGUCACCUGGGGUGGGGUCCGUGUCUGGUGUCAGGAGGACUGGAUCGGAUAAAGGGACCAGGCUAAUUAAUGAACAAACUCUUGGAAAAAAAAAAAAAAGCUCCGCAGGCAUGAGCGAACCAUAUCCCAGACAUGCCAAGUCGAACUCUAAGACUGUUGCUCGUACCUGUAUACACCUCAGACCGCUUCACGCUGCUGUGUCGAAAUGUGUGUGUGUGUGCGCCUGUUUCAGUUCGUCGGCGUCUGCCUGUGCAUGUGUGUCUGCGCACCCCGUGUGCAUGCGUCGUCUCCGUGUGUUCGCCUCCAUGGUUGCAGCUCAUCUCCAGCGAUGGAGGGAUUGGCACACCUGUGGUCACGCAGCGCUGCACAGACGGAUGUGCACAAUAGUGGAUCACAGGUUAAAUUCCUCCUAAAGGAGCGAAGGGAGCUCCUCUCCCAGUUUUGGCUCCAAGGCAGCGCCAGGCUUCACUGCCAAACACCACAGUGACGCCGCUGAGGCACAACGCUCCACCUUAAACCGGGCCUAGUCCCUGCUGCAGCCUCUCUGAGACCUCCUCUUGUUUAUUUCUUCAUAUUUUUUUUCCCCUCACUCUUAUCUCUACAUCUCCUUGCACUUCUACAGCCUCCGUGUUCCUUUUCCUCUGGACAGUUCUUAGUUCUGUUUAUCCUCCCUUAACACCAUCAGCUGAUGUAGGAGCAGCAUGUCUGUUUUUAACGCCUGACCUUAGGUUUCUGUUUGGAUAAAUGAUUUUAACUGAACAUUUUAUGUUUUGUUUUAUUUUUUUAUUAAAAUGUUCAUCCCUGUG